AUGUCUCCAGAAUGUACUCGAUAUUUAUUUACAGUUUAUUUUAUUUGCAAACGAACGUUCCAGUUCAAAUGCUGCGGAGCCGUGAGAUUCGAGGACUGGCUGGUGAGCGAGUGGCACAAAGGCGAGGAUGUCCUCAAGAACGGAAGCCUCGUUCCAGAUAGCUGUUGCAAGACACCGACCCUCCUUUGCGGAAGGAGGGAUCAUCCGUCCAACAUCCAUUACACGGGUUGUAUCUACAAGUUUCUGGAGACGACGAAGGAUCACCUGAUCAUCCUGGGGGCGGUUGGCCUGGGCCUGUCGGUUCUCGAGCUGUUCGGCAUCGUUCUCGGCUCGUGCCUGUACAUAAAGCUCAGGCACGACUUCGACGACUGAGAAUUGCUGCAAGCCCGCGAGAGCAACAACAACGGCCGUUCCUGGUGCAGAUACAUGCAGGACGGCGCGGGGGCCGUUUGAUCGUUGUGCCGGAAGCGUGGAGAAGUGGGAGGGGGCGGCCGUGGAAAAGGGGAGAUCCUUCUCCCGGCGUUCGCUAUUCAGGAUUUCCUGCGUUUCUGCCGCUGAAAUUUCCCUUGGCCCCUCGAACAGAGAGAGCCCGUGGAAUUUCUGUGCCGGAGGGGCAGGGCCACGUUACAAAGGGGCUGCAAAGGGAAAGAAAACGGAGGAAAAAUGGAGGAAACGGCGCGAGGAACGUUCCCGGAUCACCACCGUGUGUCCGCGUCUUCUUCACCGCCGCAGAGAUCUUCAAAGUCGUGGGCUCGCUGCCGUUUCUCCAUCUUUCUACCGAGUGGCAUUCAACGAAGAAAGAAAGGAACACGGAUAAAGAGAGAGAGAGUGAAAGAGAGAGGCGCCGGCUCCCAGUUACCGAUAUUCGAUAACGAAACGAACGGUCGUCGAGAGAUGCUCGCUUCGAUUCGUCGACCGAUUCCCUUCCGCGAGAGAAACGUUCUUCCGAUCGAAUCGAUCGGUUGCCAGAGGAGAGAAAAGGACGUCUCCGUCUAAAUGAAUCUCAAUUGUCGACUCAAUUCUCGACUACUGCCCCCCCCCUCCCCCCCUCCCCCCCGAGGAGGGGCAAGGGGAUCACGCCAACGUGUCUCUCGACGAAAGAAAAGUUGUCCCGUGACAGUACGUUUCGGAAAUGCGCGAACGUUGUAGGCGAAUGCCACGUUUUUUUCGAAGCGUGUUUAUUCGCGAGGCGAGCCGUUUCUCGUUCUCGAGGAAGAGCGAGGGAGGCUGUUCGUCUUCUUUUUCUUCUUUUUUUUUUUUUUUUUUCUUUUUUACCACGGGACAGCCAGCCAUCGAUCACCGAUGGCUGUCCCCAGGAUCUGGCUCGCGACAAGUGAUCUUCUACGGCUACGAACGUCUUUCGCUGUCGUACAAAUCACGCUGUCCGUUCGAAUACUGCCGUAAACGAAUCCGCACAAAUGUUUCUAAAGGUAUAUACACGGGUAUACACACGGGCGAGUUUAGCGUUCUUUAGCCUAGUAAAAAGUCAGACAGCGACGCGUCUCGUUCUGCGGUGGCGAUCGAAACACGACGCUGUUUUCCUCUCGGGGCCAAAGCCCAGUCCCCCAUUUGUCGAUCAAACGGACCAUUCUGUCGUCCUGCUUUUUCACCAAAAAAAAAAANAAAAAAAAAAAAGAAAGAAAAAAAAAGAAAGAAAAAAAAAUUAGAACCAAAAACACACGCGCACACAGACACACCGAGAAACACAUACAUACACGGGAGAAACACGGGAGAUCAGAGAGAAACGAUUGUUCGAGCAAUCGCGAAACACCAUCGUCCCCCGCCCUCCCUAUUCUACGAAAAAGUCGACCGCGUUCCUCGAGUUUUCUCGUUACGCGAAAAAACCAUUUUCGCUUCUUUAAUUUAUAUUCGACGAAGAAGCAGGAGGGAUCGUUUACCUUUACCGGAAAGAUCGAGGACGCGCGCGCCGAUCUUUCUUCGAACGUGCGGGGAGGGGGGGACGACGUCGAAAUUCAGCGAAACAGACGAAAGAAGCUCGGACAGAACUGUGAACAGUGCCUUGACGAGUUAGCGUUAAGUUCAGAGAUAUUUUAAAUUAUCGCCGGAUGUAAAGUUCCGUGACGAGGGAACCGAUAGUAAUUUGUACAAUAAAUGUACGUACAGUAUUUAUUCAUAUAUGAUAUAUAUAUUAUAUUGCAUAUAUAUAUUAUAUAUAUUAUAUAUAUAUAUAUAUAUUUAUCUGUCUUGCUUCGCAGAUCAAUACGAGCCUUCGCACAUUAUUUAUAGCAAAGUUUGUCGUACAACGAGAGAGCACGCUGUUGCGUCGACGGUUGCACACGCGGUAAUUUAUAAUUUUCUUUGUUUCCAUUUCGAGUGACUUUAGACGCGCUUGAAUUCACAUUGCGUGCGCGCAAUUUCCCAUCGUUUGAUGAUUUUCUGGUUUAUUUUCUCUUAUUCGACUGGUGGCAGAAUAAUUUCUGUUUUCCUACGGUAUCGGUGAAACCGGUAAAAUUUAUUCGCGUGAUCGUCGAUCCAACGCGGUACCGCGCUCAACGCAAAGUCUAACGACGUAUUUUAUUAUCGCGUCAUAUGUUAUUUUAUUCUCAAUGUUAUUGUCUUCAUUGGUAUUACAUGUACGUGUACUGUCUGUUAGAGUUUAGAACUUUAUAAAUAUUGUACAUAUCAGACCCUAUUCUGUUACGAAUAAACAUUGAAAUCGUA